CCACCAUGUCGACCCGACACCAAGAUCCUGCCGUAAUGGCACAGGACCUUUCUACACGAGUGAUGCUGCCGUAUGCGCAAUUUCAACAGUAUAGCCCCAAGGGAGGGGUCUCUACUUGCUAGACCGUCUACGUUCUCACGGCUCAUCCUUCAAGAUUCGGGGGAGGAGCUCGAGUGGUGCCUUCAGAGUCAGCCAUAGUGGUCCGACGACCAGCACGGACGAUCCCAUUACAGCCGGCUUCAGCACCACUGUACUUUACACAAAUAUUCAUUCUGCACCAAAAAUAGAGCCAACCAAAGUCGCAAUGGCGGUCGUACUCCCAUAUCCUACGGUCCUGGGGCCCCGCCGGUUCAAGCACAAUCUUGACUUCAUCGAGAACGCAACCGAUGAUGCAGCGAACAGCGACGAUGGGGACGAUGAAGCAGAGUCGAUGCCAGCCGCAGCCGGGCCGUCUCUGUUGGAGAUCCUCCCGACCGAGAUUGUCCUAAGGGCCAUGGGUUUCAUGUCAGCACAAGAUCUCACCAACCUCGUUCUCCUCAACAAACGGCUCUACGAAAUCUUCAAGAAGAACCAGGCCAUGGUAAUGACAGAAGUCCUUAUGGGUCGGGCCGAAUUGUCGGUCUUGCUUUCUGCAUUCUGUGCAGAUAUCAGCGAUCUGGCUGACGGGACGAUGGCAAGGCCGCGCGCUUUCAAGUUCUUCACCGGGCUCGAAACUGGGAAGAUUAUCAACCUCCACGUCCCGCCCCAGCAAGAUGGCCAGCCUCAGACAGGCUCAUCAGAAACCGUCAUGCUCACGGCUCAGGAUGUCGACCAGCUGUGGAACUGGACCAAGGUGGUGGAUUGGUGGGUUGAGAGGUUCCCGUCUAUGCGCUGGCGCGACGUGACGGAGGACAGUCGCUGCCUACGACCAUCCGAGGAAGGGCGACUGCGCAUGGCGGUUGCCCGCUGGUGGCUGUACUCGACAUUCUUUCACGGCUCGUUCUGGCGCGACCGCUCCGUCCCACUCAAGUGGCGGUGGGACAGGAGGCUUCUGCUCAUACGCCAGAUGGACACGUGCGAAGUCCGAGAGCUCGAGGGGCUGAUGGGCCUCGUAUGGGAAGCCAUCAGCAGGGACCUAUGCUCUUCUCCAGCCAAAGUCUUCAACAAUGGGUCCUAUGACUACGAGAUGGUCCCAUGGGGCGAGGACGAAGGUCGUCAUUCUAACAUUGUGAAUACAUACUCAAAGCUCGACCCGUUGCAGCUCAAAUACUUCUUGGUCGACUUGGUAGGUCGCAAGAAGAGGGACAUCAUCACGAUAGCAACUGAGCUGAAGAACGAGUUUACAAUGGACAGAGAGACACUUUCAAUCUCGCUCAAAGUUGUCCUCCAGGAGCGCCUGAUGCUGCGGCCACCCAGCACCAUGGACAUUCCGGAGUUCGGCAUUAUCGACGAUGACCGGCCAACAGAGGACAAGGCAGUAUUCUGGAGGGGCGACUGCUCGCCGAAUGGAGGACCGCCCAUGCCGCAGUUCAGCAUAGAUGCUUUCCCUCGUGAGACGCCGCGCGAUGUAUGGUGCGGUGAUGACGGCAGCGAGUCAAGCUGGGAUUUCUAGAAGCCCCGUCACGGCAAUAGAGCUGGGUCUGAUCUGAUCAAGGACGUCUAGAGCUGGGGGCAGCCGUGCUGCGACGGGUGUAUACUCGUUUCAUAUUCCUAACCACUGGCAAGCAUAGAACAGAUACUUUGGGCCGCCCUUGCGUCACUCAUUAAAGAGCCAGUUGACGUGAACAAAGCGAUCAGUGAUUAUUGAA